GAACCCAAUGAUACCAAGCCAGAGAUUGCCGCUGAGCUGAUCCAUCGAUCUCUUUGCCACUAUCCAAGUACCCUCUACCUUAACCUUUACCAGCGCCAUUUCUCCUACAUUAAAGAUUUGAAGAAAUACACCAAAUCUUACUGCUGCUCUCGAUGUGGGAAAUUCUGGAAACAUGUGGGUAUGUUACAUCGUCACGAGAGAACCUGCGAGGCUAAAGUCCAUUACACGUUCCCUGGCGGUGCGUACAAGACGCCACCCACCAUCUUUGAGCUGCUCGAAGAUGAAGGCUUCACCAUUCCACCACAUUUAAAGAACUUUCCAUACAGAGCCACCUUUGACUUCGAAUGCAUGUUUAAUCGUCAGACUGGCCUAAAUAACACCGAAAAACUCACCUGGAACGCCAAGCAUAUCCCUCUAAGUGUCAGUGUCUGCUCUAAUGUCCCAGACUACGACCACCCCAAGUGUUUUGUGUCAACUGGGGACUCCAAACACCUCGUCAAAGAGAUGAUAGACUACCUAGUGGAAAUCAGUCAAAAGAGCUCCGACCUGAUGAAGCAAGAGUUUUCAUUCCUAUUUGAAGCGAUAGACCAAAAGCUAGAAGAAAUAAAACAAAAGUCAGAACAACAGACCGGAGAGAGUGGUACAGACGUUAGCGUCCAAGAAGAUAGCGAUGAUGAAGGAGAAGAUCUUAUGGAGACCGAUGAUGAAGAAGAAGACAUAGAAUCUGAGACAGAAGAAGAUCGUGCCUUCCUGGAUGAUGAAGUGGAAAGUGAGCAAGGUGCCUCGUUUUACCGAGCUUUAGAUCGCGAACGCGAGAACCAGAGUGACGAUGAAGAGUAUGUGGACGAUAAACCAGAAGCGAACCACCCUGAACCUCAGAAGAAAAAAGUCCACCCCUUAAAGAAGCUGAGAGAGAGAUUCGAGGAAUACCUGGAAGAACUCCCGGUUCUUGGUUUCAAUUCUGGAAAAUAUGAUUUGAAUGCUGUGAAAGAAUUUCUCUUCCCUGUCCUGGUCCAGAAUGAGGAAGUACAGUUCACCAUAAAACGUAACAACAAUUUCAUGUGCCUGAAGACCGACCACCUUCGCUUUCUCGAUGUCACCAACUUUCUUGCUCCUGGGUUCAGCUAUGCCAAAUUCCUGAAAGCGUACGAAUGUCCGCAAACCAAAGGUUUCUUCCCAUACGAAUGGAUGGAUUCGCUUGACAAGUUAGACCACCCUUCUCUUCCUCCUCACGACGCCUUCUUCUCUACACUGAAAAACGAAAACAUCACAGAGCAAGAGUACCAGUACUGCCAACAAGUGUGGUCUGACAACAACAUGCAGACAUUUAAAGAUUUUCUGAUCUGGUAUAACAACCUUGACGUCCAACCCUUCUGCGAUGCCCUUGAAAAGAUGUGCGCCUUUUGGAAAGACAAGAACAUUGACAUGCUGCGACAAGGAAUCUCUAUCCCCGGUGUCACCUUGACUUAUCUGUUUACAACCCUGGAACCUGGCAUUUUCUUUUCUCUCUUUGACGAGAAAAAU